CCAACACGCUUGUUAUAAAAAUACAAGUCCUCCAAUCGUUCCUCUCCUCUCUGACGAGGCUCGCGUUCAGCUUUCUUGGCCCUUGAUUGCCUUUGCGCCGUGCGGCGAGACACCCACCACACUUCCACUCUCCCCGUCAUCACGAGCCGACCUCUUUCUUUCCUGCCCGUCUAACCCUCUCCACUCCGCAGACUCUGCUGUUGGGACCUGCUUUAGCAAACCGCGACCGCAGCUCUUCUUGUCACUGCUCGCCUCCUCUCCUGUCUCCCGCCAAGUCACUUCGCCGAGAUCUGCAAGCGACCUACAUCCACGAUGCCGUUCAAACCAGCCUCCUGGGUGCCGCCGCUGCCCUUCGAGAUCCCGGACACCGUGCCGAUCAGUGAAUUCAUGUUUGACGAGCGGUACGGUCGGUAUCCUCUGCAAAAGUCCCGCACGCCAUUCAUCUGCGGCAUCUCAGGCAAGGCGCCGAGCGCGAUAGAAGUCAAGGCUCAGAUCGAGGACCUGGCCAAGGCCCUGAGCAAGGAGUUGGGAUGGCAGCCCAACGAGGGAACAGAGUACGACAAGGUCGCUGGCAUGUUCAGCGUCAACACAAUCGACUACCUUACGGCGGGGUGGGCCGUUCAUCGGCUGGGAGGCAUCCUCACUCCGGCCAAUGCACAGUACUCGACGUCCGAACUGGAAUACCAGUUGAGGACGACUGGCGCAACUUGCCUCUUCACCUGCCUCCCUCUCCUCGAGUCCGCGCUCACGGCGGCAAAGAACGUGGGCAUCCCCAAGGAGAAGGUGUUCCUCAUGGAGCUACCGGCUGCUUUUACUGGCGGCCUCUCAAGCCCCGGGUUCAAAACCGUUGCCGAGCUCAUCGCCGAAGGGCGAAAGAUCACGUCGGACCUGGAGCCUCUGAAGUGGAUCAAGGGCGAGGGCAAGAGACGGUGCGCGUUCAUCUGCUUUUCUAGCGGCACGUCGGGGCUGCCAAAGGGCGUCAUGAUCAGCCACUACAACGUCAUUGCCAACACGAUGCAGACGUGCGCGUUCGAGGAGCUGUGGCGGAGGUCGAAGAAGCCCGGCCCGGGCGACGAAGCGUAUCUGGAGAAUGCGCUGGGGGUCUUGCCCAUGUCGCACAUAUACGGGCUGGUCGUGACGUCGCACGUUUCCUGCUGGCGCGGGGACGGCGUCGUCGUCCUGCCAAAAUUCGAGUUCAACAUGCUCAUGAAGGCGGUGCAGGAUUACAAGGCCAACACGCUGUAUCUCGUGCCUCCCAUCAUCAUCUUGAUGACCAAGAACAAGGACGUCAUGGCCAAGUACGACCUCAGUCACGUCACUGGUAUCUUCACCGGCGCGGCGCCGCUCGGCAAGGAGACGGCGGACGAGCUGAACAAGAUCUUCCCCAAUUGGAAGGUAAGACAGGGCUACGGCCUGACCGAGACGAGCACCGUCGUGUGCUCGUCUCCCGAGUCCGACAUCUGGCUCGGCAGCUCCGGCGUGCUCAUCCCGGACGUCCAGGUCCGGAUUAUGGAUCCGGACGGCAAGGAGAUCACCGAGUACGACAAGCCUGGCGAGCUGUGGGUGUGCGCUCCUUCCGUAGUGCUCGGCUACCUGAACAACGAAAAGGCCAACCGGGAAACAUUUGUGAUUGCGGACGACGGCAAGCGGUACAUGCGCACGGGAGACGAGGUUCUGGUGCGCAAGAGCUCCAAGGGCAACGAGCACCUGUUCAUCGUGGACCGUAUCAAAGAGCUCAUCAAAGUCAAGGGUCUUCAAGUUGCUCCCGCCGAACUCGAAGCGCACCUUCUCACCCACCCGUCCGUCGCCGACUGCGCCGUCAUACCCGUGCCCGACGAUGCCGCUGGCGAGGUGCCCAAAGCAUUCGUCGUCAAGUCGGCGUCCGUGGGCCUGGAAGAGUCGGAUCAGCUGCUGGCACGGGACAUUGCCAAACACGUGGAGAAGUCAAAGAGCAGGCACAAGUGGCUGAAGGGCGGUGUCGAGUUCAUCGACGUGAUACCGAAGAGCCCGAGCGGCAAGAUCUUGAGGAGACUGCUGAGGGACCGGGAAAGGGAACGAAGAAAGAAGGCGGGUGCUAAGUUGUAGUUGAAGCAGGUGCUUUUGCGCUCGAAUGGCCUUUCGCAAAAAGGGACGGACAGAGGACUGCAAGGGAACGUUUGAGGCUCUGUCAGCGGGCAGAGCAUGCUUCACCACAUGCACUGUAUCAGACGUCUUUUGUUUUGCGUACCUGUGACCAUGAUUGCCGGAGAGGACGCGAUGCCUUCGCGCACCAUUAUUCGCCAAAGAAUGUAUCUAUAGCAUAUCCUGAGGUUCGAUCCGAUUAUUAUGUUCGUCGACUAGAGAUGCGUUUGAAAGAGUACAGUGGGCAGCGCGCUUUCAAGUCCCAAAUCCGUUCCAAACAGAGUCGAUUCUUUUAGGUCGGAAAAAACCCCUUGGACGACUUAGCCAUAAUCCCCGAC